CCCACUUUUGUACUAAAAAAAAAUAAUGGUGUAUCAACUUUGAACUUUUCGUUUAAAAAUUCUAUCAUGUUUUAGUUCGCUUUUAAAAGUUUAAAUGCCUUUAAUAUCAUUUUAUAAAGGUCCGUUUUGAAGAAAGCUAGGCUCUGAGAAAACUUAAUCAUAAAUCAACGUAACAAGAUGAGUUUUUCCAGCGAUGAGGUGAACUUCCUGGUGUACAGAUAUCUUCAAGAAUCAGGUUUUAAACAUUCAGCGUAUACAUUUGGAAUCGAAUCACACAUCUCUCAAUCCAAUAUAAACGGAAGUUUGGUCCCUCCAGCGGCAUUGAUUAGCAUUUUACAGAAAGGUCUCCAGUACACUGAAGCAGAGAUUUGUAUAGGAGAGGAUGGAUCCGAGCAAAGACUCACGGAAGGAUUAUCUCUUAUUGAUGCAGUUAUGCCCGAUGUUGUCUCAAAUAGAUCGAACCAUGUGGUCAAAGUAAAAUCCGAAGGAGACAUGCAAGUCGAUGAACCGAUCAAUGCAGCUCCUGUUGUUCCUGCAGCUACACACAGCGUUAAUGAACCUGAUAUCGACAGCAGUUUAGAAAUUCCGGCCAGCCGCUCGGUUGUACUGAAAGGACACGAAUCUGAAGUAUUUAUUUGUGCAUGGAAUCCAACUAGCGACUUGCUAGCUUCAGGUUCUGGCGAUAGCACGGCUCGCUUAUGGGAUAUGACGAACACAACAGUGCCUCUAGGACAUCAGCAAAUUUUAAGACAUUGUAUUCAAAAAGGUGGAACUGAAGUUCCCAGUAACAAAGAUGUCACUUCGCUUGAUUGGAAUUGUGACGGCACUUUGCUCGCUACCGGAUCUUAUGAUGGUUAUGCUAGAAUUUGGAAAACAGAUGGAACCUUAUCGAGUACUUUGGGACAACAUAAAGGACCUAUUUUUGCUCUGAAGUGGAAUAAACGAGGAAAUUAUAUACUUAGUGCGGGUGUUGAUAAAACAACCAUCAUUUGGGACGCAGCUUCUGGAAAAUGCACGCAACAAUUUUCGUUUCAUUCGGCUCCAGCUUUAGAUGUAGAUUGGCAAUCGAAUAAUAGUUUCGCAUCUUGCAGUACAGAUCAAUGCAUUCACGUCUGCAAAUUAGGAGUUGAUAAACCCAUCAAAUCAUUCCAAGGACACACGAAUGAAGUUAAUGCUAUCAAAUGGGAUCCUCAAGGACUACUAUUAGCUUCUUGUUCCGAUGAUAUGACCUUAAAAAUUUGGUCGAUGAAUCAAGAAGAUUGUGUACAUGAUUUACAAGCGCACAGCAAGGAAAUAUAUACCAUCAAGUGGAGUCCUACUGGCCCUGGAACGAAUAAUCCCAAUAUGAAUCUGAUUCUUGCUAGCGCAUCGUUUGAUUCAACGGUACGAUUAUGGGAUGUAGAAAGAGGAGCGUGUAUUCAUACACUAACGAAACACACCGAACCAGUGUACAGUGUGGCUUUUUCGCCUGAUGGUAAAUUUUUGGCUUCUGGCAGUUUUGAUAAAUGUGUGCAUAUUUGGUCUACUCAGAGUGGACAACUGGUUCAUAGUUAUAAAGGAACUGGCGGUAUCUUCGAAGUAUGCUGGAAUUCUAGAGGAGAUAAAGUUGGAGCUAGUGCUUCCGAUGGAAGUGUGUUCGUACUGGAUUUGAAGAAAUAAUGUGCAAUUUUCUACAAAACGCGGUCUCUGAUGUAUUACACUGCAUUAAUUUAAUUCGUGCUUUUUCCUAUACGAACUAGGUCAAAGUUGUAAAAAUGUUCGAAGCAGGAUAUAUUGAUGUUGAGCCUUCACGAUGAUAUUUUAUUUGGGUCCGGGGGUUAUAGUAAAUUUUGUAUAUUUUUUAUCGUAACGUGUUUUUUUACUUACUGUUUUUUCACUAAUGUAGUGUAAAGCUUCUUAGACCUGUUCUAUUUAUGACUGUAAAAUUUUGACUAUUUUAAAUGUAUUGAUUACAAAAUAAAUUAUGUGAAAUUUUAA